AUGUUGUACACAGCUCUUUUUAUUUUCUGUUUGAUUCUGUUGAAGGUGUUUGUACGAGGAAGAAGACGACAUGGAAACCUUCCACCAAGUCCUCCUCCUCUUCCGAUUAUAGGUCAUCUUCAUCUUGUUAGAGGAGGAGGACUUCAUCGAACUUUUCGAAGCCUUUCUGAAAAGUAUGGUCCCAUCUUGUUUCUCCAGCUCGGGUGGCAACCGACAGUCAUUGUUUCAUCUCCGUCAGUGGUGGAAGAAUGCUUCACCAAAAACGAUAUUGUUUUGGCAAACCGUCCUCUCUUCCUCCUGGGCAAGUACCUUGGCUACAACUUUACGGCUCUGGCUUGGGCGGGAUAUGGAGACCAUUGGCGCAACCUUCGUCGCCUUAGUACACUUGAGGUCUUCUCCCCCAGUCGACUUGACUUGAUCGUGGGCAUCCAGAAAGAUGAAGUUAAAUGUCUACUGCAAAGGCUAUCUCCAGACUCGAGGGAUGGGUUUGGCAAGGUAGAGUUGAAAUCUAAGUUUUCAGAGUUAACGUUUAAUAUCAUAACGAGAGCGGUUGCAGGGAAGCGUUUUUAUGGAGAAGAUGUGGAUGCUGAGGUGUCACUCAAUUUUCGGAAUCUUAUAAACGAGAUAUUUCAAUCUGCUGAGGCAACUAAUCCCGCAGAUUUACUACCCAUAUUUCGAUGGAUUGAUUAUCAGGGUUUUGAGAGGAAGAUGAUUGAGGUUAGUGGAAAGUCAGAUGUGUUUAUGCAGGGCUUGAUCGAUGAGCACCGAAGUGACAGAAGCUCUUUGGAAAGUAGAAACACCAUGAUUGACCAUCUCCUUUCCCUGCAAAAAUCCCAACCAGAGUACUACACAGAUGAAAUCAUCAAAGGGCUUAUUAUGGUCCUGAUUCUCGCCGGAACUGAGACAUCUGCAACAACGACGGAAUGGGCAAUGGCUCUUUUGCUCAACCAUCCAAAUUCGUUGAAGAAAGCAAUCGCAGAAAUAGACAAUCGAGUCGGCCAAGAACGAAUAAUGGACGAAACCGAUCUCCCCAACCUGCCUUACCUUCAAAAUAUCGUAAGGGAGACCCUGAGACUGUACCCACCAGGGCCAUUGCUGGUGCCCCAUGUAUCCUCUGAGGAAUGUGAAAUAGGGGGAUACCAUAUACCAAAACACACAAUGGUGAUGGUCAAUGCAUGGGCCAUUCAAAGGGACCCUAAACUAUGGCACGAUGCCACAAGUUUUCGGCCAGAGAGAUUUGAGACUGGGAAAGCAGAGACUUACAAGUUCCUACCAUAUGGAGUAGGAAGGAGAGCUUGUCCUGGAGCAAGCAUGGCGAACCGACUGAUUGGACUGACGUUAGGGACCUUGAUUCAGUGUUAUAGCUGGGAGAGGGUUAGCGACAAGGAAGUUGAUAUGACUGGGGCCGAAGGACUCACCAUGCCCAAGAAGACGCCGCUGGAGGCCAUGUGUAAACCACGUGAUGUCCUCAAAAAGGUUUUUGAAGAGUAUAAAACUGUCUUGUAG